AUGAAUAACAAACUUGUAGCUGCGCUCUUCCUGGCGCAGAGGGCCGUCAUGGCUGUCGACAUACCCGCCAAUGCUCUUGGCAACAUCGUUGCUGCCGCUACCACGACCGAUCCCGGUCUCCUGGCAUGCGCUACCGCUUUCGAUGUCAUUAGCUAUUGCGCCUCCGCGAUUCCCGACUUCACCGCCGCACCUGAGGCUACCCAGGCAGCGUGUCUCUGUUGCUACUCGACCACCGAGCUUGAUCCUGUCUAUAGCAGCUGCGCGAAUUACAUCGAGGACAACUACCCCGGGAGCUCAACAGAGUAUUCCUUGAACAGUGUUGUCGCAACUUUCUGUGCUGGGGAAGGCGACAUCUGUGGUGGCGCCGGUGGCGGCGCAACCCCAACGGGGGGAGGGGGAGGAGCAGGAACAACGGCGACCUCGGGCGGUGAUGAUAGUACACCCCCAGCCUGCACCUCCCUCGCCAAUAUCGUUGUCUCCUGCUCCCAGGCAAAUCCAGGCUUCUCUACCCUGGCUCCCGAGGAGAUCGCCUCGUGCAUAUGCUACGAUGGAGCGGGCGCCUCUCCAACCUUCACCACCGCCUUCGAUGACUAUGCCGCCUCAUGCGCCUCCUGGGCCAAGACUGCAGACCCCACAGACUACUCCGAUUUCCACGGCCUCGAGGGCUUCUGCGCCGACAACGUCCCCAGAACCGGCGGCUCCGGGCCCUCCAUUACCAGGACGGCCGACUCCUCCCCUACCCAGACCGGCGGCGGCGACGUCGUGGGCCCCCCCGGCGGUGGGAGCAGCAGCCGCGGCGGGUUCGGCGGGUUCGGCGGCGGCGGCAGCGGCAGCUCCGAAACCGGGGAGGCAACGCCGCGGCGGACCACCACCGUCGUGGAUACGCCUACUGGCCUCCCCAACCUCGCCCCCCGGGGGCUUGCCGGCGGCCCUGUCGCCUGGGCUGCGGGCUUGCUUUCGCUCGUCAUGUCGCUCUUCUUCCUGGCCUGA